GUUCGUGACUUUUGCUGUCGAUCGGAUGGUUUUGGAUCCAGAGAUUCGUGACUUUCCUUCCUUCCUUCGCUGUCGGUUCCGACACCGUUUAUCGAGAGUGGGGGUGACGUCCCGUACACGGCGGGCCUGCGAAACACAGUUGACGGCAGUGGCGGGUCGGAGUGAAAGUGACGGAUACAGAGUGAGAGAACCGACGGGUGGAUGAGUUUGAUAACAGCCUACAUGAAGUGGUACAAGAGUGAUAUCUGAGCUUUGCUGUCUCCGUCUCUAACGGCAGCAGUCUGUAUAUUGCAUCAUGGGGGGCUGCUGUUGCCGUAGCGAUGAUUCCAAUGACGAUGAUGAAGAAGAGAAAUUCAUGAUAGAAACUAAGAAAGUCAAAGUGCACCACUCCGCCAAGAAAGAGUACGGGUCGUUGUCUACUGCGGAUGACAAGGGGGAUCUGCGGAACAGCCAAGAACAGGAUAACUUAACACCAAACAAGUGCCAUGAAAAACACUGCAGUGAUGAUGACGUAAAGGAAUCGAAGCUGAGCUCUUCUGAAGAGGUUCCCUCCACCACAGAAGUGAAGAACGUUGAAAUAGUGGUCCUAGGAAGAUCCCAAGUUAAAGAAGAUGACUCUGCCGGUGAUGGUAUGAUAGAAGAAGAAAAGGAAGAUGGAGCGGAUCACACGAAGGAAAAAGAGGAGGUGGAGAAAUCGGAAGACUCGGAUGAGGCAGAGGAUAUGAAUAAGGCUGAAGAGGUGACUAAAGAGGACGUUAAGAAAGCUGAUGAUGAGAAGAAAGUAGAUCAUACUGACUCAGAUUCCUCCUCCUCAAGCUCUUCGUCCUCUAGCUCUUCCUCAAUACCAAUUGGUAAUGUUGAUGAUGAGAUCGAUCAACUCGUUAAUGCUGCAAUGGCUACUAAAGUCGUCUACCCACCGAGUCCUAUCCUGGGUGAACCCCCGUCACCACAGAAGAGGUCCCUCUCACCGAUGCUAUCGCCCCACAACCAAGCUAGCACUAACUAUCAAGCUUCUAGCACUGAACGCAAGGCAGAAGAAGAGCAGGAAGGCAGCGAUCAGGAAGCAGCCGGUGGAGGCCAGACCAAACACCUGUCGCUCAUGAAAAAAACUCAACGCUCAUUCAAAAACGCAAAGGCAAAGGCGUCAACUAUGAUUUCCGCUUCCUCCUCUACUAAGAAUCCUGAGGAGGGUGAUCAAGAAGUGAAGAAGAAGAAGUGGUCUAGUUUCCACGGUAAGAAGACUACUCGCCCAGUCAGUAAGAAAACCAGUUUGGAUGAAACACAUUCGCAAAGAAGACAGGACCAAGAAGCAACUUCGCAAGCACCUACAAAAUCUUCAUUUUUAUCCCAAAAAAAGAAUCGAGGAGGUAUUCCAGCACAGGAGCGAAUGAAAUCCCGCUAUGCAAAAGGUAAGGUUGCUCAAUUUGAGGUAGAACGUGAGGCCAAGGACAAAGUUGCAUCACACAGAGCUGCAGUAGAUCCCAGAAAGGCUGCUCUGGAGAGGGGCGAGCGUCUUGGUCAACUUGAUGAUGCCACCGAAGAAAUGAGAGAACAAUCUUCAUCGUUCGCACAGACAGCAAGACGACUCAGGAAGGAGUCCAAAAAUAAAUCCUCAUUUCCAUGGUGAUAAGUACACAUAAGACUUGUUCACACUACUCUAUUCCCCGGAGUUGCCCCAGGGGAUUAACAGCCGCCCAUUUCACACGUUGAUUGCUCAAUCCCUGGUCUGCCCCGGCAAAAGGGCAUAUCUGGGAAAUAGCCACCCCUGCUCUGGAGAAGGGGUAAGUGGUAAAAAUCCUGGGGUGUUCUUGAGAAGUGCAAACGAAACCUUGUGGAAUAGGGACACAGUAUGAACUUGCACCAGGGUGACCGUGGGGUUAAAGAAGGUCCUGUGGCCUCCCCAUGGCUGUAUUAUACAUGGGGUAAGACAGUGUGAAAAGAACUGUAGAUCGGCAAGUUUAAGAAGGUCAUUUCCUCAUCUUGUGGGUUAAUUACACCUGUUUCAGACAGAGGCUCAGAGUCAAGCCAAAGCCAAAUUCUGAAAAGUUUGAGGUCUGAAACAGUUAGGAGCAACUGGACGCGCUGAAGUCGAAAGAUCGACUGUUUCAGUUGUUCAAAAGGACUAGAGUCCCUCCUGAUCUAUUUGGUUCCAAGGAACUCUGGCAUGCCUGUCUGAAACACGUAUUAGAUUCUACAUGUAUAUUUAUUCGCUAUCAAAAUGUUGCUCUUGAGGUUUUGUUUGAAUGUUAGUGUGUUAUCUUGUGCACCAGGGUAACAUAAAGAUGACAUCAUUCCAAUAUGACUGUAAGAAAACAUCAGGGAGGGCUGACAGCCCAUUGUGCCAUGUAUUCCAUUAUUCCAAUUUGAAUUGAAUGAAGUAGAAGGAGUUUUAAGUAUUCAAAGUAGACGUAUUCAUUAUUUUACUGAGGGAUACUUCUUACACCUAUAUAGAAGGAAUUGGAUAUGUAUUUGUUUGUACUUGUUUUAUGCCUCUGAAGAAGGUCCGGAUUGGAUCGAAAGCUAAGGCCAUCUACCCUAUUCAUUAUAUAGAAGGAAUUCAAUAUAUAUUUUUUCAACUUGCACUGAUCCUUGUUGUACAAAGAUUUAUGUUGGUGUUUGUAUUCCAGUGUAGAUGACUACCUUGUUUCUCUGUCUGUCAAAAAGGUUAACUGUAUUUUUUUGUGUCAUUUCAAAACCAGAAGAAAAAUACAUACAGGCAGAAUGCCUUCUUGGCUCUUAUGAGCGCCUUGAUGGCUUUAUUGUAACUACGCAAACUAAAUGCUUCCAUGUGGUAUUCUAUGGGUUAUUUUAGAUAGAUCAUAGAGCAAGGAUAGUUAGUGGAUAUAUGCAAUUAUAUAACACCCAAGCAGAUCCUUGCCAUUUGAUUGGA